CAUUGCUCACGCUUCAGCAUUCAACCCGAGUUGAUUUACAUACGUAUCCUCUGACCUCUUUGUGCACUCAUGGAGGCCUUCCGUGCUCUGGUAGCCAGCCAGCCCCCGAAACCCAAACGGCAGAAGGGAGAGAAGGCAGUGAUAGAGGAAGCGGUGGACGUGGUGGAGGAGGGCAAGACUGAGGAGAAACCACCAGCAUGGGCGCUAAAUCAAGGAAGGAUUUUACAGCAGCUCGUAGGUAUGGUCCGCGGACAUCAGGACAACCUGCAUGAGGCGAAGGAUGAGAUCGCGCAGGUCCGGCUGCAAGCACGCAUGGCGCAUUCGGUCGCGGAGGAUGCCAUGGAAAAGGUCACGGGGCUCGAGGAGCAGAUCCACGUGACGGGCGGAAGCUUCAUGACCACGGAGACCUUCGAGAAAUCAAAUCAAGGACGUCAUGCAGCUACCCCUCAAGACAAUCAAAACAAGAAUGGCAAGCAGAAGACCGCGGAGGACAAGGAGAACUCCUCCCGCACUGUGGUCGUGGGGAGUCGUGAGGGGCUUUCUUGAAGACCCCGAGAAGGAGUACGUCGAGGACUUCAUCGAGAAUCACAUGAUGAACGACGCUGUGGGGAAGGAGGAGGUGUACGCGUACCAGUCCAGCAGCGUCGGUUUCGUACGGUUCGAGACGCCGAAGGACAUGCACUAGUAUUUGAAAAAGGCCAAUGGGAAAUUCAUUCAUCAAGUCAACGGGACAGAUUUGUGGAUUUCUGCAAGCCGCAGUCUGGUAGACCGUGCGCGCGGAAAGCUGUUGGGGAAGUACAAACGGAUCCGCGGCGGCGAACGUGAAAGUAUAUUACCGCAGAGGGCUGAUCUUCGUUAGCCGCGUGAGG